CACACUCUCCUCUCCUCUCCUCUCCUCUUAUCUCUCCCCUAUAAAGACGCACUGAUUUUCCUUCAUAAACCCUUCUCAAGCAGUAAGCAGUCUUUUCAGCCCCAUCUUUGAGACUUGAGAGAGCAAGGGAUAGGGGGGGAGGGCGAGAGAGAGAGAGAGAGAGAGAGAGAGGAAGAGGCUGCCUUACUACGUUGCAUUUCUGUAUUAUCUCCUUUACAUCGUUUGCUGUUCUUCAAGGAAAAAAAAAAAUCUCUGCUGCUUGGUCUACAAUAUCUGAAAUCAAUCAGUAUUCAAAGCCCAAGUUUUUGAUUCUGUUUCUCAUUUGACGAAACUUGUUGUUUAGAGAGAGAGAGAGAGAUUUCUUAGGCCUUGCAAAUGGCACCCAGUUUUGACUGUGCAGUUUCAAGCCUUCUUUGUGCGGAAGACAACAGCAUAUUUGAUGAGAACGAUUAUGGGGCAGUGGAGGAAGAGAUUGAGGACACGUGGCUUCAUCGGAAUCAUCGAAACCACGGCCAAGACCGGAGCUUUGGCGGUGGCAAUGGGGUGCCCUUGCAGAGUGACGAGUGUUUGGCUUUGAUGGUUGAAAAGGAAUGCCAGCAUUUGCCUGCUGCUGAUUACUUGAAGAGGCUGCGAACCGGGGACUUGGACUUGGGGGCUAGAAGACAGACUGUUGAUUGGAUUGGAAAGGUACAUGCCCAUUUCAGUUUUGGACCUCUGUGUGAAUAUUUAGCUGUAAACUACUUGGAUCGUUUCCUUUCUGCUUAUGAAUUACCUAAGAGCAAACAUUGGACAAUGCAAUUGUUGGCUGUGGCAUGUUUAUCUCUUGCUGCCAAAGUUGACGAGACCGAAGUUCCUCUAUCUCUAGAUUUGCAGGUGGGUGAUGCGAAAUUUGUGUUUGAAGCUAGAACAAUACAGAGGAUGGAACUUCUUGUUUUGAGUACCUUGAGGUGGAGAAUGCAAGCAGUUACCCCUUUCUCAUUCAUAGACUACUUCCUCUGCAAGAUCAAUGGUGAUCAAAUCCCACUUAGAACAUCAAUCUUGACAUCAAUCCAACUCAUAUUAAGCACAAUAAAAGGGAUUGAUUUCUUGGAGUUCAGGCCUUCAGAGGUUGCAGCAGCUGUGGCAAUAGCUGUUGCAGGAGAAACCCAGACAGUAGACAUUGAGACAGCAACUUCUCUUCUCAUUGAACAUGUGAAAAAGGAGAGAGUGAUCAAGUGUCUUAAUAUGAUCCGAGAUUUGUCAUUGAUCAGUGCCUCUGUUAAGGAUUCGACUGCAAGAGCCCCAUCUAUACCCCAAAGCCCAAUUGGAGUGUUGGAUGCUGCAUGCUUGAGCUAUAAAAGUGAUGAAGUUACAGUUGAUUCAUGUGCAAAUUCUUCACAUAAUACCCCAGAUGCUAAAAGGAGGAAGCUAAACAGAACAUUUGAAGUGGAGCUAUAAGGUCAUGGAAUGUGGGAUUUUCACUUGGCCUCCUGAACAAAUGUGUGAUUGAUUUUGUUACAUAGGAACUUUAGUUUUGAUUAUUCAGGUGGGCCUUCAAAGGAUACCCAAAAAGAAUGAAGAUAAGGAAGAUGGGUUUUAAAGGAAAAGGAGGGAGGUAGAAAAAUUGGAGGUAUAAGAGCACUUGAAUAAGUUGAGUCAUGGGUAGAUGAUGCAUGGUGGAUGAGGAACAGAAUUAGCAUACUUCAUGCUCUAAGCAUGAAGAACACUCACCAGCUGUUAAAUAUUAGAAUUCUUAACAGCUAGAGACGAGCUAGAGAAAAAAAAAAAAAAAAAAGUGUUGUGUUUGAGAGAUUAGUUUGGGUGUGUCUGGAGUUUUCAUUGGUUGGAAAAAGAAAAAGAUAAAAAAAAAGUAAAGGUCCUGAGAUAUA